UUUUGUUAGUAUUUGUCCAUAUUUCCUUGGAUCCUCUGUUUUCCCUUUUUUGGGACUAUCUUCUGAGCUUUUGAAAGACUGAAUCUUUUGAGCGUUUAAUCAUUCUGCAAUCGGCUGUAUGAUCCUCUGAACCAAUAACGGAACCUGUAUAUCUAAGGAUCUGUUUUACCAGUCUGAGUCCGUGACAAUUUGCCCCUGCCUAGGAAUGGAUGUUGACACACUUGAGGUCCAGUACACAGUACAUCAUGGCCCAGGUGGUAAACUGCAGUUUCAGCAGACAACUCUGUUCAAUGGACAUGUGAUAUUUGCCUGUAGCAGCCCAACACUGAGAGACCAGCCAAGACAGCACUGGGUAACAAACGCAUUCACCCAAGAGGGACUGGAGGAAAGACAUGAGCAGUGUAAACAUCAAUGCUAUGAGCACUUUGCUUCAUUUGAGAAGAUAAAACAGACUAUCACUGUUUCAGCAGAUGUUGACACACUUGAGGUCCAGUACACAGUGCAUCAUGGCCCAGGUGGUAAUCUGCAGUUUCAGCAGACAACUCUGUUCAAUGGACAUGUGAUAUUUACCUGUAGCAGCCCAACACUGAGAGACCAGCCAAGACAGCACUGGGUAACAAAUGCAUUCACCCAAGAGGAACUGGAGGAAAGACAUGAGCAGUGUAAAUAUCAACGUCAUGAGCACUUUGCUUCAUUUGAGAAGAUAAACCAGACUAUCACUGUUUCAGCAGAUAUUCUUCAAAGAUGUCAAGGUUGUAUAAGCAACAGCACAGGAAAGUUUGUCUUUGAAAAGUGGGGUGUGAAUGGUGAGGACUUCCUGACCUUUGACCCCGAUGCUCUAAAAUGGACGGCUCAGAUCGAUGAGGCCAACCCUUUAGCAACAGAGUGGGAUGGAGAGUACCAUAUGAAUCACGCUUACAAAUAUUUUGGCAAUAGUUUGUGUGACAAGGCCCACAUCUUGAAGAUGAAGCAAGCAGGAAGGCCCAGUGAUGGUGCACACACAGGUUUGGAGCUUCAUAUCUUUGGCAAACCCAUCCCAGGAGGAACUGUCUCAUAUUUGCAGUGUCAUGUGACAGACUACAGCCUAUCAGGAGUCAGCAUCCAGUUAACUAAAGAUGGGGUUCCUCUUGAUCAUGGAGUUCAUCAGACUGGACCACGUCCCAAUGGAGAUGGAACAGUUCAGAUGAGAGUCCAGGUUAAGACCACAAUGGACAACAGCAAAACAUAUCGUUGUGAGACUUUCAACAAGACUGUUGUCUUUGAUAACCCAUCACCUCGCCAGAAUACUGUGAUUGGGACUGUUCCACCAGUCAUUGUGACUGUUACAUGUUACAUGAUGUGUCUUGGGGUAAUGAUUGGUUGCCAUGUGUUGGGACUGCAUGUGAAGGAGGUGGCGACGGUGGCGGAGGGGGCGGCGGUUUCGGCGGCGGUGGCCACGGUGCUGGCGGCGCUGGCGACGGUGCUGGCGGCAGUGCCAGCUCUAAUAAAGUUCCCCAACUGAUGACUGAUCCUCAUCUUCAGCUUGAACUUAUGAAGCCUGAACCCUUUCAUAGAAAAGGAAAAUAUAUCAAAUUGAUGGCAGCUCAUCUUCAGAUUCAACUCAAAAACUGAACCCUUCCAUAUCUGAGGGGGAAAACAUGUGUGAUAGCAUUAACAAAAUACAGUCAAAAUGGCAACCUGAGUAUUUCAGUGUACUGGAUAUCCCAUGCCUUCUGGUGUUAGACGUCCACUGAGUGUGCAAGGGAAUGUCCACUGAGGUGCAAUCACUUCACGUGUUUCAUAACUGUAUUCAGUAGGAGCCCAGCUCACUCUUCCUCUGUUGGUAAUGUGAGAUGUAUCACUCUUACCCACCCACCAGUCAUCAUGUGACAUGCCUUGUUUGCUUGUUUGCUGACCUUGCUCAUUUGCUUCUGCUAACUACCUAUGCAACUGACCAUCAGUUGCACAUGGUCAGUUACAAGUGGUCAGUUGCACAUGUUCAGUUGCAAGUGGUCAGUGGCCUUUUUGGAAAUCUCAGCUGAUAUUAGCAUGCUUGUCAUAUGUGUCACUAUGCUUUGGACAGCAUGUAUUCAUGCUGCAUAUCCAUAUUUAUUCUGCUCAUAUAACGUUAUUGUUAAUGCACUGCAGAUAUCUUUAAACCAUAUUACUUGCUUAACUGUAUACUACUGCCUACUGCAAUAUGUCAAAUACUGUUUAUAAUGUUUACUGUUUGUACUGCACCACUUGUCUAUACUGUUCACAUUGCACUUUUCUGCUUUUUUGCACUUCUGGUUAGACAUUAACUUAAUUUUGUUGUCUCUGUACUUGUAC